AUGCAAUCAAACACAGCUAGUGGAGUCUGGGACUCUCGGUUCGCUAAUACAUCAGAUGCAGCUGUCACGUGCACACCAGCAUCUGUCUCGACUGGAGAUUCCGAGACAGACAACAUCUUGCAAGACAUUCUGAUGAUAGUUCGCAAUGAACUACCCAACAUUCAGCCAGAGUUCCUUAAAUUCGAUAGUCGCCUGGGUGCAGGAACCAGCUUUGAGGUUAACAAGGAGCUCUUUGGAUUGACUGGCGAGGCGCCCUACUUCGUUGCCGUCAAACGCCUCUCGAUGGACCGCUUGACAGGCAGGACCAAACAGACCGACAAACGAGUUCAACAAUCUUUGAAGCGUCUGAUAAAUGUCAAGCAUGAAGUUCGGGUAUUUGCGCACCCCAAAUUGCGAUCCCACAGCUGCCUCAUCACAGCCAUCGCUUGGGGCUGGGAACCAGACCUAACUUUUGGGAACCGACCUUACCUAGUCAUGCCUUACUCGCCACAUGGCACUCUCGCCAGCUUCUCCCAGAAGAGGGGCCUGAACCUCAUCGACAGGCGUUUCCUGGCCCUGGAUGUUGCCAUGGGCAUCCGUGCACUGCACGAUUGCGACAUUGUACAUGGAGACGUCAAGCCUGACAACGUGCUAGUCUAUGGCUACUUGACCCGUGACAAAGAUGAAGAUCGCCAUUAUAUAGCCAAGUUGGCCGACUUUGGAUGUGCUCUGUUCAAACAAGACUUUGAGCAACAACACCAAUACUACCUCGGCACACCCAGAUAUAACGCUCCUGAGAUUUGCGGCUGGAUUAAAGACACAGACGAGGAGCCUUUCUGUGACAAUAUCCCUAUUUUUACAAGGUAUAAAGCUGCCGACUGCUUUUCCUUCGGUCUUGUUCUUUGGGAAACUAUCACGCACGCCAAGUCAUUCAUUGAACCAGCCUGGCUCAAGCCUGGAGAAACUGCUUUGAGCUUCCUAGAACGCUCAUUCCAUACCAAGGAAAAUGCCCUUUUGGAGCUUGCAAUUGAAUUUUUGCGUUCCAAACAAAGAGGUCUAGAUACGACUGAAAACAAAGACCAAAAGUCGUCUGCUGGCGAGCAUCUAUACCCAUCAAAUCCGACCACCGCAGAGCUAAACAGGUACUUUGGUGAAUGGACUCAACUUCGCCAGGGCCUAGAUGCCAUAGGUGCGCCGCCAGAUUCACAGUCUUUCCAGGUUUUUGAAGCAACGGUCUCCUUGUGCUUGCAGGAUAGGAUGUCGCGGCGGGGUGAUAUCUAUCAAAUUGUCGAGGCACUCUCUGACGGUGUCGAUGGCAAUAUACCUGAGAAUACAAAGACGGAGAAGAUACUGCCUCUAGAAAUAAAGAUCAAUGGGGAAAGUCCUUAUUUGGAAGACCGAUAUGAAAAACUGCUGGCCCCGACUAUGUUGAUGAGCCCGAUCACCCGAGCGGUAUUCCUAGAUAAGGGAAGUCAUAGUUGCAGCAGCUCUAAGAAUCUACAGGCCGUUCCUAGAGACCAGCCAGCCGAUCCGUCUCGUCAACUGAUUAGAGUCACGGCUCGAAAAAGAUGCGAAACUCUAAUUUUGACGCCUCAAGCAUACCAAUACAAGUCAGAAGACAUGUUUAAGGCUAUUUCACAGAGACAGCCUCCCUGGUACAAUCAGUGUGAAGCAGCUAAACUCAUCCAAAAAGCCAUCAUGAUAGAAGACGACCCAGAAAUAAGGUCUCGAGCCCAUCUACAAAUGGCCAUGAUGUUUCAAGCUGGCUACGGAGUUGCUCCAGAUAGCUUGGAAGCUCUGAGUCAUCUACAGGCAGCAUCCAAAAACAACAAGGUCGCCCUGGCUAUUUUAAAUCCAGUUUAUGCCGCCUUAAAACCUGGCCAGCAGGAUGCAGAUGCCUCACAAGUACCUAUCAUGCAUAGAAACCUCGACGUAUUUCAUGACGGCGUUGCUUGGAGAGAAGAUAGCGGUAAAGAAGCAGACCAAUUUAUCAAUCUCGGUCCCAUCAGCGUGGAAUCGUUCAAAAAGUUCGAGAUUCUAGUCAUGAAAGGCCGGUUUCAAUAUCAUGAGCUAUGCGAAGCUCUGACAGCUGCAUGUAGAGACGGGAAUCUCAACGCUGCGAUCCUACUUGCGCGACAAUGCGACGACCUUUCUCAUAUGGAUCCACAUAUGCCGAAUGCCUUGCACUGGUUGGUUCUUUUCAGUCAAACAGAAGCUCUAAAUCUACUUAAGAUCAUGGUCUCGGGUUCAGAGCAAACAGUUAAGGAGGAACGUAUGAAAGCUGUACGAUCUCUCCUUGCUGCUGUGCAUGGGCAAUUGAAAGUUCUCCUUCCCCACAGAUGUAUGGAACUGCAAGGGACUCCACUCCAUUGGGCAGUCAUCGCAGGAUACACAAAGCUUGUUGAAGAAUAUCUAAAUCUGGGAGCUGAUGUCAAUAAAAGGGAUGAGUGGCGGAAAACCACCCAUGAGGACGGCUACACAGAACAUACUCCGAGCCUGAGCCCCCUUGAUCUCGCUGUGGCAGGCCACUACCCCGACAUAGUAAAGCUUCUUAUCAGCCAUGGCAGCGAAACUCAUGGGGGAGAUUGGCAUUGGACGCAUUCACCUUUUCACAUGAUUGGAUACAAUAUGCUUCCUUUUGGGCGGUAUGUGGCACACGGUCAGUCUCACCGGGCUGCUCUCCGCGAAACAAUCCAGAUCCUGUUGCAAACAGGACUGGAUAUCAACGAUUUAGACAAUCUCAAACAAACACCACUGUUUUCAGCAGCCAAGAGCAUGGACCUGGAGGAAUAUGUCCUCGAGGAACUGAUUGCAGCAGGAGCCUUGCCUGGAGAAGAAUGCGAAAAGAACCAUGGCAAUGCAGUCGUCUGGGCUAUCAUGGACAGCGCUCAUCGUCGUCUAUCAUGGAGAAAGAUACCACUUCUUCUGCCACUGGUGUCCGAUAUCAAUGCGUGCACGGCUGGUGAUAGUGGCCUCAAUGCACUACACUACUGCGCUGUUUUGGAUGCCGUUCCUGCAGCCCAAAUCCUGCUUCAGCUACCAGGGAUUGACGUGGAGGCAGAAAGCACUUUGGGAGCUACUGCUGUGCACUUGGCGACUCAGAGAGGGUCACUAGGUGUUUUGGACCUCUUAAUCAAGGGUGGCGCCAAUCUUCACCGGCGAGAACCUUUUGAGGCAGCGAUCUCAGGGGGACAGAUUGAUGCCCUCCGGAUGCUACUUGACGCCGGGUCAAAAACCUGGUGGAAAAGUCGCUCAGGGCAAUCUAGGACCAUCCUUGGGUAUGCAGUGAGAAUGCGCUCCCAAAGACCAUCCUACGUCAGAGCAUGUCUUUCCAAAUGCCCACAAUUACGCGGCAAGGAAGUCAUCAACAAGGGUGACGAUAGUGGAUGGACGGCACUCCACUUCUGUGCAUACUAUGGGGACCUAGAUGGUAUCCAAGCACUCGUAGACUACGAUGCAGACGUCGAUGUGGUUAAUGCGAUGAGACAGACACCUCUCCAACUUGCUGUGAAAACUUACGAGGACUUGACAGUAUACUUGAACGGAGUACCGCACUUUACAGACCAUCCGCGUAUAUUCCAAGACAUAGAUGGCCUUGAAAGAUGGAGUCAGGGUUAUAUUAAGCAGGCACAACGUAUCGAGAUCUCUUUCAAGGAUUCCUUGUUCGAAAUCAUUAGAGUGCUUCAGCAAGCUGAACGAGAGAAGCACCCUGGCAGAGCAGUGAAGGAGGUGACCAGAGGUCUAGGAAAGGUUCAGACCGAGGUGAUAACGACGCAGAAGGAGGUUAGAAAUCAUCACCGUUCUCUAGCGUUUACGAAGGCUCGACUGGAACGCUACCCCGAGAACUGUAGUAUUUUUGAGGAUGAAUAG